ACAAAUGAAAAUCACUGAACAUUUCCUGAAAUUACUAUUUCAAUACUGAUGUGUGUUGAUGUGCAGUGUUUGUAUCUGCACACUCUCAGUCUAUUAAGCUUAGUUUUCCCUUUUCCGAUGUGUAUUUUUCAUUUUGUUUAAUGUUUUCUCAACAAACAAUUGAUUCUCUGUUGUGCCACAAGUCAAGGGAACAAACAUUCAGGUACAGGUCUUUUGUUUUCUCUUUAAACCUUGAAAACUGUUUCUUGUAAAUGGAUGUAUUUGUACUGUUGCAAUAUUCCAUUAUCCUCACCUGGUUUAGCCAGCCAGUCAAAGUCAUUAUAGGAGCCCACCAGUGAAAGGUGAGUGCAGGGUCGGGACCAAAGGUGAACAAACUACUCCAGAAGGAGCACAGUGCCCCCCCACCAGACCACCACUAGAUUUACCGUAAUCAGAUCUCCCCUAAUGCUACUGAACUGUUUAUGCUUGUAUUUUCUAAGUGCCAUUUAACCUUCAUUCUAAAUGAGUACAUGAAAACCUCUUAUAAAAGCCUAUUGAGUGCUUCUUUUGUUACUAGCUACCUGGAAAAGUUCUGUGAACGGGGGCUUAAACAUGUUAUGGGAAGAUUAUCCCCCCUUGCCCUCUGCUCCGCUCACUUCCACAUUUCCUGCAGGUUCUCAAGCCAAACUGCCUGAGUGGUGUAUUCAACACACAAUAGGUGCUUGUAUCAAAGUUUUGCUUUUGGAGUGCCUUCCUCAGAUAUAAGAUUAUUGCACUUGAAAUCCUUUUUAUGUGUGUUUUUAUUUCUGCCAUAGAGUUCAGCUGCAGCUGUGCCAAAAUAUUUAAACUAUGAUGCCUUGGCAGAGAAGAUACAAAAGCUUCUCUCAAAUUAAUUUUAUUGUGCCAUAGAACUUAAUUAAAAUGAAAGCAGGCAUAUUUGAAUUCUAUGUUCACUUGUCAUUGACAGACAUCUUUUUAAAAAUAUAUGUACAUUUGGAGGUUUGGCCAAAAGCUUGUGUAUGGUAGUGUACUUUUGAGUAGCUAUUUCAUGUGACAUGGCCCUCAAUUUUCAUAAAAAAUUGAUGAAGUAUAUUUGCACGUUGCCAUGCAUGGGAUUAUACUUUUUGGGAUGUUAAUGUGGAGGCUCUUCAGAGUUCUGUUUGCUUUGACAUUUUUACUGCACUUAUACAUGUAAGUGGCUAAGAAAGAGCUUUGACAGAAUUUGCAUUUGUUAUCCCACAACAGCUUAUGAAGCUGUUAGCCUACCACCUGCCCCUUAUUUCUUUUGAGGGAGACUUUGGGCAGCGUGUCACAUUAGUCAUGAAAGACAUGGCUGUGGUUUAAAGAGGAAGAAAUUGAGUAAAACUCCGGAGGGCGCAUGAGUUCCACCUGACACAGAUGUGCAUGUUACAAUUUUCAUUUGAAGAUUGUUUUCUUGGCACAAGACAAGGGUGCGACUCCCAAGAGUGUAUUCGUGUCUUUCAAAGGGAGAAACAGUGCUGAGGCUGGACUAGACAGGAGUUCUUGUCAAUGCCUUGUUGUACUCAUGUAGAAAGCUGAUGAGGAAUACAACAUGUUUCUUUCCCCCAAAAUGUCAUUAACGAUAAAUCUUAGUUGCCCACAGUAACUGUCAUCUGCUUGGCCACAAGGAAAAUGAACUCCCCCCUUUUCACAGAAGGCGGUAUCACGUACUUUGUACAAAUCAGUGUGUGCUCUGUGAUGCUAGUAGGAAAACUGUGUAGCCAGGAAGUUGCCAUUUAAAAAUUAAGUAUUUUUAAUUGUUGAUCCAUGUUUCAGGAAGUUAGCAACAUUUUUACUAAUUGAGGGAAAUUAGGUGGUUGUUUUUAUUUUAUUUUAUUUUAUUGGAGCAAGACAUUCUGAUUUAAUAACAUUUAAUGAAGGAUUUCAACAACGCUAAUGAGGAAAUCAAGGGCAGGGAGAAUACUCCAAGUCAGAAUGCUUAGUUAGUAGAUUGCUGGUACUGAAUAUAGAUAAAUACAACACCGCAUAAUACAACAUUGAAAGAUGUAUAUGAAUGAUUGAUAGCUUUGUUCAGGUAGAAGGACCCCAAGACAAAAGUCAGUUGGGUGAGUUCUUAAUGAAAAUGUUUGGGAGCAUCAUUGGGCAACUUACUUCAUAUGCUGUAUCACAGUGUAUGAAAUGCUACCUUUGUCCCCUUUAAUCAUACUAGUCACUAACUCUUAGCAGAAGCAUCUCAACAAAUAAUAUGUCCACCAAAUAACUGUUGUUGUUUGCCCCUUCCAUUACCUGCUUAAUGACAAAGCAAAAAUAUAAAAACAUUAUUCAGUCAUAGCUUAAACCUUUUGUUCCACUGUGAAAUGUCAGUAUUUCCAUUCAUUUUUAAAUGUGCAUUGAAACUGAAUGAGCUUCAUGUUGUCAAAAGUAAAUGGGGCUCUAAUCCAUUUAAUGGGGGGGGGGAAUCACAUUUUGUUUUCUUUUUGUUUAUGGGACUUUCACAGGCAUAUACUACUUCUGUCUUUAAAACAGAACACAAUAUGUUUUAAAUCCAAAGUGCUUGACAUAUCGGUGCCUAAUAAGUGUUUAUGGAAUACAGUAUAAUCUUUGAAAUGUAUGAAGUCACUGAAACAGGAAGUGCUGCUUAAUGACUUUAAACUACAGGGUGGAAUUCACUGCCUCACUAAUACUUGCUAGCUGCUUGCUAGAAAGAAUGAUUUGGGACGUGGGUGGCACUGUGGGCUAAACCACAGAGCCUAGGGUUUGCCGAUCAGAAGGUUGGCGGUUCAAAUCCCUGCAACAGGGUGAGCUCCCGUUGCUCGGUCCCUGCUCCUGACAACCUAGCAGUUCGAAAGCACGUCAGGUGCAAGUAGAUAAAUAGGUACCGCUCCAGCGGAAAGGUAAAUGGCGUUUCCAUGCAUUGUUCUGGUUCGCCAGAAGUAGCUUAGUCAUGCUGGCCACAUGACCUGGAAGCUGUCUGCGGACAAACACUGGCUCCCUCGGCCAGUAAAGCGAGAUGAGCGCCGCAACCCCAGAGUCGUCCGCGACUGGGUUUAGCGAUCAGGGGUCCCUUUACCUUUAGACAGAAUGAUACCUCCUCUCCCCCUCCUCCCCGCCAUGUGCUGUUUGGAGGAUUCUUCUGACCUUCUAGAUUGGAUUUCAGGGAGGCAUGGGCAUGCAUGAGGGGAGGAAGCCCUAUUGUGCUAGCAGAAAACUUUGUGCUGCUUGUGUACAUGUUAGUCAAAUCUGGUCAAUAGGUUUUUUGGAGUGGCGGGCUCAUGCGUGAUCAUGUAUGUGUGCAGCACCAGGAAAUAAUUAACAAUUCAAUUCCAGCUUGGAAAUGGGGAGAGAGAGUUGGAGAGUCCUCAUGGCUCACAAGAAGACCCUCCCCAGAGCCCAAAGAGGGUGUUGGUGAUGAUGGAAGAAGCCCCCGAAAGACCGGAGGCAUACUAGGGCUUUGUUUACGCUGCUCAGCCACCUUACCUAACAGCUGGUGUGGGGUAGCACAACAGAAGCCACUUUCCCGCAUGCCCUUUAACCUCCUGCCAGCCCCAGAGCUUCAAUUCUAGUUGCGGAUAUUUUUGGAACAGUCUUUAUGGAAUGGGUUGAAGAGGGGGGGCACUUAAUAGGUGCUCCCCGCUUUAUGCAAUUUCACUUAUUGGGGGGGGGCUCCCCAAAACAUAACCCCUGCGUAAGUAGGGAGUCACUUGUAUACAGAAUUCUAAACAAACAUGCCAUGCAAUGUUUUCCUCUUCCUCUUAUAAUAUGUCAAUACUUUGUUAGUGACCCAAAGAUUUUGAGCAUUAUAUGUUUUUCAAAUUCUCAGAGUAAUUCCCAACCACCACAGCGAUAAGUAAGCAUCUUCUGUAUAUCUUCUGUGCCCCUUACAACACUGAUUCUUUGCUUUUACAGUGAGGAAAAAAAGCAUUUGAUCCCCUGCUAAAUUUGCCCUCUGGCGAAGAAAUGACCAGUCCAUAAUUUUAAUGGUAGGUUUAUUGUAGCUGUGAGAAACAGAAUAACAACAAGAAAACCCCCCAGAAACCCAGAAAACAAAAGUCAGAGAUUGAUGUGCAUUAUAAUGAGUGAAAUAAGUAUUUGAUCCCCUGUCAGCCAGCCAGAUGUCAGGCUACCUGAUAUCUUUACUGUAUAUAACGAGCUGAGAUUAGAAGCACCUGCUGUAAGGGAGAGGUCUUACCUGUAAUCCCUGCUCGUUGCAGUACAAAAGUCACCUGUUGACAGAAGCAAUCAAUCCAGCAGAUUCCAAAGUAGCCACCAUGCAAGACUAAAUAACUGUCCAAGGAUGUCAGGGACAAGAUUGUAGACCUGCACAACGCUGGACUGAGCUACAAGACUAUUGCCAAGCAGCUUGGUGAGAAGGUGACAACAGUUGGUACAAUAAUUCGCAACUGGAAGAAACACAAAAUAACUGUCAACCUCCCUCGGUCUGGGGCUCCAUGCAAGAUCUCAUCUCGUGGAGUUGCAAUGAUCAUGAGAACGGUGAUGAAGCAGCCCUGAACUACACGGGGGGAACUCGUCAAUCAUCUCAGGGCAGCUGGGACCAUAGUCACCAUGAAAACAGUUGGUAACACACUACGCCGUGAAGGACGUAGAGCCUGCAAGGUCCCCUUGCUCAAGACAGCACAUGCACAGGCCCGUCUGCAGUUUGCCAAUGCACAUCUGAAUGACCCAGAGGAGAACUGCGUGAAAGUGUUGUGAUCAGAUGAGACCAAAAUCAAGCUCUUUGGCAUCAACUCAACUCACUGUGUUUGGAGGAGGAGGAAUGCUGCCUACGACCCCAAGAACACCAUCCCCACCAUCAAACAUGGAGGGGGACAUAUUAUGCUUUGGGGGUGUUUUUCUGCUAAGGGGACAGGACACCUUCACCACAUCGAAGGGACAAUGGACGGGACCAUGUAUUGUCAAAUCUUGGGCAAGCACCUCCUUCCCUCAGCCAGGGCAUUGAAAAUGGGUCGAGGAUGGGUAUUCCAGCAGGACAAUUACCCAAAACACACGGCCAAGGCAACAAAGGAGUGGCUCUGGAAGAAGCACAUUUAGGUCAUGGAGUGCCCUAGCCAGUCUCCAGACCUUAAUCCCAUUGAAAAUCUGUGGAGGGAGCUGAAGGUUCAAGUAGCUACACAUCAGCCUCGAAAUCUUACUGACUUGGAGAGGAUCUGCAAAGAGGAGUGGGACAAAAUACCUCCCGAGAUCUGUGCAAACCUGGUGGCCACAUACAAGAAACGUCUGAUCUCUGUAAUUGCCAACAAGGGCUUUGCCACCAAGUACUAAGUCAUCUUUUGCAAAGGGAUCAAAUACUUAUUUCACUCAUUAUAGUGCACAUCAAUCUCUGACUUUUAUUUUCUGGGUUUCUGGGCUUUUUCCUGAUGUUAUUCUGUCUCUCACAGCUACAAUAAACCUACCAUUAAAAUUAUGGACUGGUCAUUUCUUUAUCAGAGGGCAAACGGGCAAAUUUAGCAGGGGAUCUAAUACUUCCCCCCCCCUCACUGUAUAUCUUAAGUAUUGAUGGCACAUCAUACUCAUGUAAGUGUGCAUAGGACUUCAGCCUUAAGACUCUGCUUUCUCUGCACAUGACUUCCGUAUGCACAGUGCUUGCAAAAUCGAAUUAACAUCAGCUGGCUUUAAAAAUUUAUUCAUCAAGGAAUUACGUUAGAGGAUGUAAUUGAUUUCCACUAGAUUUUUGUCCUGGUUGAUUGCUACCAAUAUGCUCCAGAAAUGUUUAUUUGGUGGUGGUUGACCGAAUAAAGCAAAACAUUUAUCAUCAUGAUUAAAAGGAGCAGUCUCUGCCAAUGCAUUCUUGGAUGAAGUUCUCUACAUAAUUGUCCAGAACAUUUUGUCUUGAGUCAUCACACACUCCCAAAUUUCCUGUUGGUGUUCUCCUGCCUGUUAAAUGCUGCUUCUUCUUCUUCUUCUUCUUCUUCUUCUUCUUCUUCUUCUUCUUCUUCUUCUUCUUCUUCUUCUUCUUCUUCUUCUUCUUCUUCUUCUUCUUCAUUUUAUUAUUCAGUUAAAAUAUUUUACGGAUACAAUCAAAAUAGAUCAACAUUGCUUGAACAGAUCUUUCACUCUCUUUCCUACCCACAUGUGCCCCAGAACACACACACCCCAACCAUCCAGGCAAUAUUUGAGGACACUGCUGGGGAUAUAUAGAGAGAAGAGAGGGGACAGAUUUUAUUGCUCAAUCAGAUAUCAUUUUGUUUGUGCAGUGAUUUAGGGGUGUUCAACCCGUAGGAUCUGUUGUCUUCACAUCAACAUCAAACAAGAGCAGCUUCAACCAUGUGCAACAGCAUUAUUUAGAAACAUUGUCACAAUCUGUCUAAUGCUGAAGUAAAAAGUAUAUAGUCUAUUGUACAAUGCCUGUUUUGAUUUCUGUCCCCUAGUGUGUUUCUAUUGGUGAAUAAGUCAAAGCCAAAUUACAAUGGCUUUUAAUGUGAUGGAAUAUUUGUAGACUGUGUUUGCUUUACAGUAUGUAUAACAUAUUUUUUCUGUCAAUAAAUAAGAGCCCUUUGAGAAAUAGUUAUUUACCUUUUCAAGCUAGGUUCCAUUUCCUAUCCAUUUUAAGAAAUUGAAAUACUGCUUCAUCAGUUGCAGUUGAGUCCCCUGCCAACCUCUUUCUUUCUCCUCACGAUUAAGUUGGUGAGUUGGCCAAGAUUGGUUCCGUCGUGACUGAGGGCUGUCACAGCAAUGCAAAUUAAUCUGGGGAGAAGGUUACAAAUUCUUAAGUAUCAUAUUAUGUUUACUGCAUCCUGGAAGGCUUAUAAAUCAUUAAGCAUAAUAUACCAAAUUCAAAAAAGUCAACAUUAUAAAAUGUCAACAUACAAAAAUGAUGGCAGCAGCAUAUAAAUGCAAUUCACAGAACAAGUGGUAUAUUUAAAAAGCUCAUAAAAAGGGCAGAACAGGGGUGGGACAUGCUUACACGCUCUCUGCCGGUGGCUGUGAGGCCAGAAACUGAAUCACCACAUGAAAUGGCUGUUGAUUGUAUUGUCGUUUUCAGCGGCAAAUCUCUGUUCAACAUCACAUUUCAUUCUAGUCUUGAUGUCAAGAGUAUAGUAUAGACUACUCUGUUGCUGCAAACAACAGGAAGAUGCAGGAAAGUGUGUACCCUGCUCUUAAAUAUGCAUCCAAAUGUCAUAAACCCAUUUAUUUAAAGGAUGGUUCCUUUGAGCUUAUUUUUAGGAUUUUCAUAUCAUUCUCGCUGUUAAUUAAACAUGUCCCCAACAUGUGGGUGCACUGAAAACUUAAAUGCAUGAUACACAAGAUUUAGUUUGCAGGACUUGAAGAACUAGUGCUUAUCAGCUCCUAUGAGCAGCUCCUGUCAGAUUGUAGCACAUGGAUGCUUGCUUCUGCUGAUGAGAAAUAUCAAUGGAAAUUUCAUUCCAGUGAAAAUAGCAGUGACAGAGAAAGGGUUCUUGACAAAACUGCAGCAAGGGACGAAAGGGUUAACUUAAUUUUAAGCAAACCCCUCCCACCCCCACUGUUUGAAUUUUCUUAAGUGUGCACAUUAAAUGCAAAGACACAUUUAAUGCCAUGUCUAGUUUGACCCUAAAUUGUAGGUCAGAGCAGGUAGGAAAUGAUGGGACAACCGCCAUGGGAUUUAAGGAUGAAGGGCGGUAUUCAAAUUUACUAAAUAAAUAAACUCAAUGGACCAUUUGAAAUUCUGCUGCUGUCAUAUUUUAAACCUAGAAUAAUGAUUUUUGCCAAGCUCAAUCCACUGCUCCGAUACAUUCUCCUCGACCAAAUUUUCUAUCACUUAAUUAGCCAGGAGAUGAAAAUAACUAAAUCCUGCAUAUCUAGCCAGGGUUGUCUCAGAUCCUCUGCCUUCUAUCUGCUGCCUAUACUUGUUCCACCCUCAGGCUGUUGUCCAAGAUUGUGGUGUAGUGAGAUGUCCCAUUCUGCUAACCCAUCUUGACCUCCUUCCAAGCUCCUCUUUAAAUUCCAGAUAGUGAAAAUACUGUACUGUUGUUAAUACCUUGUAUAUGGGAAGUUGGGCAUAACUCUCCGUUCAUUGCAAGCGUUUAUAGUGACCUCAGAAUGACUUAAGAUAAUGGACAUGGGAGUGCAGCCAAAACACCCUGGAAGAUGCUUUAUUUGUAUGAAAACUGUGAAUCAGGUAAUUAACUCAGGAGUAGGAAAUGAACUCUCUGGGUAUCACCAGUUGUACGUUUAAACUUAAGAAAUGUGGCCCACAUUUUAGCUAUUCUUUACAUGCCAUAAAUAUUUUAAUAUAUUUAUAGAUCUUAAAAACUGUGAGCAUGAUCUUUCUCUGUGUCGGUGUCUCCUGAACAGAUCAAUACAUUCCUGUUCCUCCCCUUCUCCCUUUGGGUGUGGUCUGUGCAAUCAUUCAGGCAAGCAAGAGCGGAAGGGAUGCAUACAGAUCUUCUAUUUCCGAGACAACUCUGCCAUACAUGUAUACUUGGGGAAAUAGAGAGUAGGAGAAGUAAGCAGGGCUUUAUGAAGUUCUGUGUUGAUCUGUUGCGUGCAGGCAAGAAUCAUCUGUAAUAUACUAAAUGUUUGUAUGUAGAAUAAGUUGUGAUGAUGAUGAUGAUCGUUAUUUUUAAAAGAAUCCUAGCUUUGGAACGAGUUCCACAAUCCCUUGCCCUUUGCAGAACUUUCCUUUUUGUUGUAGCUGUCAUGUUAAUAUUUAAAAGUGAACACACACAUUAUGUUUUUUUAAUAAUAAUUUUUAUUAGUUUUAUAUAUAUAUACAAAUGAAAAAGGAAAACAAAACCAAGCAUAAUCCACACUCAUUAUUCAUACCAGAAACAAACAAUAAAAAUACAAAAGAUUAAAUUAUAGAAAUAGGAAAAAAAGAGAGUAAAAAUUCAACAUUUAAACAUUUCAUAUCAUUUUUCUUUGGGGACUUCCUCUGAGUCCCCCCCUCUGCGUUACAUUACUAAUUUUUUCAGCAAAUUCUAUAUCUUACAUUAAUUCAUUCAAUUAAACUAAAAUUUGAGACUUCCUUCCGGGAAGGGGCGGCAGAGAGGUGCCCUUAGAUGGACAGAGCAGGCGGAAGAUGGAUCCUGAUCUCUCUCUCCUGUUCCAGUGCCCAUCUCCCAAGGGCAUCACAGAGGCUCAGGUCCGAGCUGAGCUCUCCCCACUGUAUGACCGGCGCCCACUCCCUGGUGACAGGGCCCAGAUGGAGACAGCUUGGGUAGCACGGCGCCAGCAGAGCCCGUGGCUCUUUGACGGAGCCAAUUUCCAUCUCCACUCGAUCCAGCUGGAGGGGGACAUCUUGACCUUCUGCCUCAGUCUCACCUGCUACAAGGACUUUGUGGGCACCAACCUGGCGGACGCAGCUGGGCAGCUCCAGCAGCGUGGGCGUGAGGACUUGGGGAACAGCCAGGCCUACCUUGCCGAGCCUCUGGGGUUGGGCGCCAUGCUGCACACAGCGGAUGACAAGUUUGUCUUUUUGCGGCGGAGUCAGUGCAUAGGGGAGGCACCUGGGAAGAUCGACAUUCCUGGAGGCCACCCUGAACCACAGGUUGUCAUGGGAGAUGCUGCCUUGGAGGGGCCCGUCUGUCACCAGGACCUCCCAGGAGAAUCCGUGGUCAAGGAGUUGUUCUGCUCUGUGCUGCGAGAGAUCCAGGAUGAGGUGAACCUUCCACUGCCCACCCUCAGCAGCCCAAUGUUACUCAGAAUAGCCUGGAACGAGACCAGUGCAGGCCGCUGCAGUGCUGAAUUCUACAUCAGGUGCAGUCUCAGCUCUGAGCAAGUGAAGCACCAUUAUGCUAUCGGGGGUCCCAAGGCCCAAGAGUCAACCAGCAUUAUCUUUGUUGACAGAGAGGAUGUCCUUACAAUGGAGCAGAGCGGGGACUUUUGGAAGGAACUGUGCCCAUCAGCCAAAGGGGCCAUAGAGCUCUACAGAGGAGUCAUGGGCACAUGCCAAUGAAGAGCCCAUUGGGAAGAGGUACUUUGAGGAAGUGAACUACUCUCUCAGGGACUAUUCAGAAUUACUUUACAGAGCACCCAGCUACCCCAAAAUCACCAGCAGUCCUUUGGCAAAGCAGGAAUAUUAUGCCAUGGAUAUGGAUAGUGGGAUUAUUCUCACCACCCAAAUCCCCCUUGAAACUGCACUGGCUGAGACCCACCUUAGCGCCUUGUGAGCCUGUUGCUGUGCCUGUUCGUGAUAUAUAUAUAUAACAUUUUCCAUUUAUCUUAUCAAAAUUCAAAAUCUGCAUUUUCUAUACAUUUGCAUAUCUAUUUCUCAAUUUCUAUUCUACAAUAGCUUUUUAGAUAUACUUUAAAUUUUUUCCAAUCUUCUUUCACCGCAUCUUCUCCCUGGUCUCGCAGUCUCCCGGUCAUCUCAGCAAGUUCCAUAAAGUCCAAUAAUUUCAUCUGCCAUUCUUCUACUGUUGGUAUCUCCUGUGUCUUCCAGUUCUUAGCUUCUAGCUGCUGUUGUGGCAUACAGAAAAAGGUAGUAUCUUUCUUAGGUAUUUCUUUUCCAACUAUACCCAAGAGAAAGGAUUCUGGUUUCUUGAUAAAAGUGUUUUUCAACACUCUUUUUAACUCAUUAUAAAUCUUUUCCCAGAAAUCCUUAACUAAUGGGCAAGUCCACCACAUAUGGUAAAAGGUUCCUUCUGUCUUUUUACAUUUCCAACAUUUAUUAUCUUGUUUAUGAUAAAUCUUAGCAAGUUUUACUGGUGUUAAAUACCAUAUAUACAUCAUUUUCAUCAUGUUUUCUCUUAAAGCAUAACACGCAGUAAAUUUUAUAUGUUUCUUCCAUAACCUUUCUCAAUCCUUAACCAUAAUGUUAUGUCCCACAUCUUUCGACCAGUCUAUCAUCACAGAUUUUGUUUGCUCAUCUUUCGUAUGCCACUCUAGCAGUAAAUUAUACAUUCUGGAAAGAACUUUUGUCUUUGGAUAUAUUAACUCCGUUUCCAACUUGGAUUUUUCAGAUUGGAAACCAAUUCUUUUAUCAAUUUUAAACAUCUCAUUUAUUUGAUGAUAUUGGAGCCAGUCAUCCAAAUGACCUUUUAACUGAUCAUAUGUCUUUAACUUCACCUGGUCUCCUUCUUACAUUAUGUUGUUUAGAUCCUUAAUUCUCCUGAUGCUUUUCUUAUGUGCACCUAAUAAGAAAAAGAAGAAGGAAGGAAGGAAAGAAAGAAAGAGAAAAAGAAAUCUUGGCGCAGUGCUUUUUUCAAUUGAAUGGAGUUACACAGCAAGAGAAAAAAGGCUCCUAUUCCAAAAUUUUAUCUUUGACAGACAAGAUUGAAGCAGUUUUCUGCUUGACAUUAGUAUCCUGUUGAUAAUGACAUCACAUGUGUGCUUAGGGACUUAGUAUUCUAGCAGCGUGUGGACUAUAAUGGAUCUGUUUUUUAAGCCAUCUAUUUCCUAGAACUUUGAUUUAUCGUAGCAAGCCUAUAAGUGAUAACUCUGCAUCAAUGAAAUUGAACUUGUCAGAGGUACUGUUGUAGAGAUGAGAUUCGGAAACAGAUCUAAGCCUAUCCCUCUUCCUUCUUAAUCCUUAUAGGCUCCCUUAGUUUCCAAAUUAAUUACUUAAAUGCAUAAUAGAAUAGGUAUACAACAAAUGUUGCAUACGUUAUCUGGUACUGUGUAUACCUGCUUUUUAACUACUUUUUAACCCAGAAAAAUCUUCUCAAAAGCCGGGGGUCGUCUUAUAUGCCGGGUCGUAUUUCUUAUAUGGCGAGUAUAUCCGAAACCUAAACUCUAUAUUUUAACUGGAAAAGUUGGGGGUCGUCUUAUACGCCCAGUCGUCUUAUACGCCGGAAUAUAUGGUAGUUUUAUGUUAGAGUAGUAUGUAGUAGGCAAUGCAGUUGGAAAGUUCUUGGUUGUUUGGUUGUUGUUGUUUUUUAAAGUUUUUAUACUUCUUUAUUGUAACUGAAAAACUGUACAUAAAAAGGAGCUGUGAAGUUACAUUUGUCAAAACGAAUGUAAGAAAUAUUUUCUCUGACCAACUUAAAGGGAGUGCAAACAUUUUACAUUUCAUAAAGUGACAAAAAGUAAACCAAAAUGAAUAGUUUAUGUUUUGUAGCAAUGGUACAAAGUUAAGCUGGAGGGUUUUGUUUUUUUAA